CCACGGCCUCGUACCCGGAAGUAGUAGUAAAUAUUUACACUGCGGUCAGCUGACUUCCAUUCGCCUGACUACAAUUAAAAAAAGACCAUUGCAAUUCUUUCAUAAUGUAGCUGAUAUGUAUGACUACAGCAUUAAAGGAUAGGCUACGUUAAUGACUGAUGUUUUAGUUCUGCUUAGUUUGCUCUUUCGCUUUCACAAUUAGCCGCCAGCUAGCUUCGCAUUUGGAAUAUUUAGAAAGUGAUUAGCAGCUAGUAGCUGGUUGAGCUACCUGCUCCAAAGGAAACAACAGUUUGAUUUAUCUACUAAAACCAACGUUUCAGCGGGGUUUGUAAUAAUGGACAAGAUUGCUCAAGAUGUGGGUGAUAUCCAGUCCCGACUGUUAGACCACAGACCAGUCAUCAGUGCAGAGAUCCGCUACUUUGUGAGAGAGUUUGAGGAAAAACGUGGACACAGGGAGAGCAGACUGCUGGAGAGCCUCGAUAAAAUGGUGCGGGAAGCAAAUGAGCAAAUGCUGCCCACAAAUUUAGAGGACAUGAACCAGCAGCUGUGUGACAUCACUAAACGGUUGGAGGCUGCUAAUCACAUGGUAGAGAGAGUCCAGCAGAGGGAGCUAGAGGCACAGCAGAGCACCCAGCUGCAGGCGAACAUGGAGCGUUUGAAAGAUGAGUGGGCGGAGUUUCUGAAGGAGCAGCAGAGAUUAAAGGAGGAGGUGGAUGAGGAGCACGCCAAGGCUGUUGGACAACUGAGCGCUCAGUACACGGAAAAGAAUAAGGACUUGACCAAGUUUCCACCCCUCUAAUCAUUUGAUGUUUGUGAGGGUGUAAGCGAACAAACACACACUCUCUUAUUACAUGAACGCUUGUGUUUUUUAUGGAUAUGGACGUCUGUUCUGCACGUGCAAAACAAAGUUAUUGGCUUUCAUUGCUGUACUUGGUGGUUGGCAUAAAAAAAGGUUUUGCUGCUGCACAAACAUUUUCCAAAUCAUAAAUAUGAAAGUGUUAUUAACAAUGUUGCAUUUUCACAGGCCAGCAAACUCGCAAUUUUCUGUCUUUAGCACAUGGAAUUUUCCCGGCACCUAAAAGGCCUGGGACAUGUCGUUUUUAAACAAGCAGCAUUCGAUUGCUCCUUGGCCAUGAAGUUUUCAGCAUUUCAAGAUUUUUAAUGGAUGCCUGCCCGAAGGGUGCUGAUGAUAAAUUUGCAUCAGCCUCAAGUUGAAAGGAGCCCAGAGUUUGGCACUAAGGCGAGAUAUUCUUAGCACUGAAAGCGAGAUCAUUAAAAUGGUAGAAAAGCCCUUCUGAGCAGGUGUGUUUAAAGCACAGGUCAAGUGUUGUAGAAACGAGCUCAAACAAAGCCAUUUCCAGAACAAGCCAUCCCUCACCAGCUCUCCUGUGUUUAGAACAUUUGACCUCUGACUUUAACUUCAAGUAAACCAACAGUCUAUGAAGUAACUUUCAUUAUAAAGGGCCUUUGCUGAAACCCAUUUGAGUGAUCAGCAGCAGCUGUUGUUUGUUUGCUUUGCCACUGCAAAUCAGAUUUUAACAACUCACAAAUCCAAUAAUUUAUUGCUGUUUAAACAGGAAAAAAACAUAAAUCAGAUUUUGGUCUUCUG